AUGCCGCUUCACACGGCGGGCACGCCCCCCGUCGCUAUGGCAACAACACCAACCACGCCCCCAGAUGCCGUGGCAACGGCGCCGGUCACGCCCUCGCUGCCGUGGCAACGGCGCCCGUCGCCUUGGAAACCAGGAAGAAAAACAACCCUCAAUCUCCCACCUCAUCCACCUUUCCCAUAUAUCCUGAUUUUCCUUUCCGAUCCUUAUGACACUCCCUCUCCACUUCUCUGUAGGCAACAUGCUCCCACCCUGUGGUAUGACCGCCCCAAGUAUGUGUAUAUGGAGUUUUGUGUUGAGGACAGCACUGAUGUCAAGGUGAUCAUUGAAGACCACCGAAUUGUGUUCAGCUGCAAGAAUGCUGAUGGAGUGGAGCUGUACAAUGAGAUUGAGUUCUAUGCCAAGGUGAACUGCAAGGACUCCCAGGAUAAGCGCUCUGGACGCUCCAUUAGGUGCUUUGUGAGGAAAUGGAAGGAGAAAGUGGCCUGGCCCCGGCUCACGAAGGAGGACAACAAGCCAGUGUGGUUGUCUGUGGACUUUGAUAACUGGAGAGACUGGGAAGGUGAUGAAGAGGUGGAGUUGGCUCAGGUGGAACAUUAUGCAGAGCUUUUGCAGAAGGUCAGCACCAAGAAAGCUCCACCUGCCAUGGAUGAUUUGGAUGAUGAUUCUGACAUCGAAGAAACAACAAGUAAUUAA